GGGCUGGGUGAAGGAAGGAGGAAGAGUUAAAGGAAGUGGAGCUUCCGCGAAGCCUUGGCUCCUUGUGCUUUAGCCAUUUACGAGCUCAAGCUGCUCUCCUGCCACUCUUAACUCCCUUGUCCCCGGGAUUCUGACGGCUCGAGCAGCUGCUAUCCUGACCCCCGGGAGGCCACACUGAGGUUCCACUGAGGCACUGGUGUCUGGAAGUGACUCUGCAAUGGAUCAGGACAAUCGACAGACCAGCUUGCUGCUGUACAACUUCCUGCAGUGUUCCAGUAACGACGUUUUCCAGACGGAGCUGAAGGAGCUGGGCAGCGAGCUGACCAGGAAAGUCUCCCAGGGCGGUCGUUUGGAGGAUGACUAUGAACUGCAGACAGAUGGCAAUCGGUGCUUUUUUGAGAUGCCCAGAGCAGAGGAGUUAGAUUCAGAAAGCCAAGAGGAGAUUAUCCGGAACAUAGCAAUAAAGCUUGCUCAGAUUGGGGACGAGAUGGAAAAUAGCAUCCAGCCCAAUGUGGUGAAUGACGUGAUCCAUUGGCUCAAGAGUGGGAAUCUGCCAACUGAGGAAAAGAGAAGACAACUGGCUGCUACUGUGGACAAAGUGAUGCAGAUGCAGACAAUUUCUCAGGACCUUGGGCAAGAGAAGGCUAAACUAUUGCUAACAAUGCUGUUGGCUAAAAAAGUUAUGACCCAUGCCCCAUCCUUGUUCCGAAGCAUCUUUUACAUCACUGUAGAUUACAUUAACCAGAACCUCCUUACCUACACAAGGAACUUAACUAGACAUGACAUGGACUGAAUGGAGUACCUUGCAAAGGCCAUUUACCCAAACAUUUGGACUAUUUAAAACCUGCUUUUGAGAAAGCAGUCCAGUGUCUGAUGGAAUAGGAAGAGCAAAUAUUUUUAGAUGUUAUGUUUUAAGAAUAAAGACAUGAUGAAUAUAGACAA